GAAAUGGUACGCAGACGGGUGGAUUACUAAUUCAAGAAAAGUAUCGUAGUUAGUUAUGUGGGGCUACGCGCAAUGAAAACCAGAAUCAAUUAAUUUAGGGUUGAUGCCAUCAUUUUGAUACCAUUUAAAAAAAAAUCCUUACCUUGACUGUUUAUUUGCCCUGGAUGCACAUCGUCACUAAAUAUAAGGGCAUCCUCGGAGGGUUUGGUUCUGUCAGUUGCGUGCACGCCUAAUCGUGAAAAAUUCUAGAAUUCAGAGUAAUUUAAAAAACCGAGCGCGGGAUUUGGUGAAUAUAUCGUGGUACUUCAGACCUUUUUGGAGUAAAGUUGCUAUUCUGAAAACGUUACGUAUUGGGUCGGGUCUGGGCUUCGCAGGUCUGACGUUUCUUGAAACUCGGGAUAGAAGCCGAGGCACGUAAUUUUCACGAGACGAGAUGCUGCUGAACAUGCGGGGGAGGCAUGUGGCUCUGAGCGUGUUGGCCGUUCGCAGGGCCUGCCAUCUCUCACGCUCUGCUCACACCUCGCCACAGACACUGGAGUACAAGCCCAUUAAAAAGGUCAUGGUGGCAAACCGAGGAGAGAUUGCCAUCCGGGUGUUCCGGGCGUGCACGGAGCUUGGGAUCCGGACAGUGGCCGUGUACUCGGAGCAGGACACGGGGCAGAUGCACAGGCAGAAGGCGGACGAGGCCUACCUCAUCGGCAAGGGCCUGCCCCCUGUUGCUGCCUACCUUCACAUACCCGACAUCAUCAAAGUGGCCAAGGAGAACGACGUGGACGCCAUCCACCCUGGAUAUGGCUUUCUGUCUGAGAGGGCAGAUUUCGCCCAGGCCUGCACUGACGCCGGCGUGCGCUUCAUUGGCCCAGCUCCUGAAGUGGUCCAAAAGAUGGGGGACAAGGUGGAGGCCCGUGCCAUUGCGAUCCGUGCUGGUGUCCCAGUGGUCCCUGGAUCAGACGCUCCCAUUUCCUCCCUGCAGGAGGUGCAGGAGUUCUGUAACACCUACGGCUUCCCCAUCAUCUUCAAGGCAGCGUAUGGAGGUGGGGGCCGCGGCAUGCGGGUGGUUCGUGAGUACGAGGAGCUUGAAGAGAACUACCAGCGGGCGUACUCAGAAGCCCUGGCUGCCUUUGGCAACGGAGCCCUGUUUGUGGAGAAAUUCAUUGAGAAGCCAAGACACAUAGAGGUGCAAAUCCUGGGCGAUAAAUAUGGGAAUGUGAUUCACCUGUAUGAAAGGGACUGCUCUAUCCAGAGGAGGCACCAGAAGGUGGUGGAGAUUGCUCCAGCAACGCAACUCGACCCCCACCUCAGAGACCGACUCACCGCAGACUCCGUGAACCUGGCCAAACAGGUGGGCUAUGAGAACGCAGGCACAGUCGAGUUCCUGGUGGACAAGCACGGGAAACACUACUUCAUUGAGGUCAACUCCCGUCUCCAGGUGGAGCACACGGUUACGGAGGAGAUCACGGAUGUGGACCUGGUGCACGCUCAGUUACAUGUGUGCGAAGGCCGCAGCCUGCCCGAGCUGGGUCUCAAGCAGGAUAAGAUACGGAUCAAUGGCUUUGCCAUCCAGUGCCGUGUGACCACUGAGGACCCUACACGUGGCUUCCAGCCGGACACGGGGCGCCUGGAGGUCUUCCGCAGUGGUGAGGGGAUGGGUAUUCGUCUGGACAGUGCCUCAGCCUUCCAGGGGGCGGUCAUCUCGCCACACUACGACUCUCUCCUCGUCAAGGUCAUCGCCAGUGGGAAGGACCUCCCAACCGCCGCCGCCAAGAUGAGCCGCGCCCUCGCCGAGUUCCGCGUGCGCGGCGUCAAGACCAACAUUCCUUUCCUCCAGAAUGUGUUGAGUAAUGACCAGUUCCUUUAUGGCACCGUAGACACACAGUUCAUCGACGAGAACCCGGACCUCUUCAACAUGAAACCGGUCCAGAAUCGAGCCCAGAAACUCCUGCAUUACCUAGGUCAUGUAUUGGUGAACGGCCCCACUACUCCCAUCCCAGUCAACGCGAAGCCGUCCCCCGUUGAUCCAGUUGUCCCGGCAGUACCUCUCGGUGACCCUCCGACCGGUUUCAGAGAGGUGUUGCUGAGGGACGGUCCUGAAGGCUUUGCCCGGGCAGUGCGGGCCCAUCAGGGUCUGCUCCUGAUGGAUACCACCUUCCGAGAUGCCCACCAGUCCCUCCUGGCCACCCGAGUGCGCACCCAUGACCUCAAGAAGAUCGCCCCCUUCGUGGCCCAUAACUUCAGCAACCUCUUCAGCAUGGAGAACUGGGGAGGUGCUACGUUUGACGUGGCGAUGCGCUUCCUGUGCGAGUGUCCAUGGAAGAGGCUGCAAGAGCUGAGGUCUCUCAUACCCAACGUGCCCUUCCAGAUGCUUCUGAGGGGUGCCAACGCCGUGGGAUACACAAACUACCCCGACAACGCUGUCUACAAGUUCUGCGAGGUGGCCAAAGAGAACGGCAUGGACAUCUUCCGGGUGUUUGACUCCCUCAACUACCUGCCCAACAUGCUCCUGGGGAUGGAGGCAGCUGGGUCGGCAGGCGGCGUGGUGGAGGCGGCCAUCUCCUACACGGGCGACGUCUCGGACCCCACGAGACAGAAGUACACGCUGGACUACUACCUGAAGCUGGCCGAGGAGCUGGUGAAGGCUGGCACGCACAUCCUGUGCAUCAAGGACAUGGCUGGCCUGCUGAAGCCUGAGGCGAGCCGGCUGCUGGUCGGUGCACUGCGGGACCGCUUCCCCGACAUGCCCAUCCAUGUGCACACGCAUGACACCGCGGGAGCCGGCGUGGCCGCCAUGUUGGCGUGUGCUGAGGCCGGGGUGGACAUCGUGGAUGUGGCAGUUGACCCCAUGGCAGGCAUGACCUCUCAGCCUAGCAUGGGGGCCCUGGUGGCAUGCACCAAGGGAACCAAGUAUAAUACAGGCAUCUCUCUGGAGAAGGUCUUCGACUACAGCGAGUACUGGGAGGUGACCCGUGGCCUGUACGCCCCGUUCGACUGCACGGCCACCAUGAAGUCUGGCAAUGCCGACAUCUACGAGAACGAGAUCCCGGGCGGCCAGUACACGAACCUGCACUUCCAGGCACACAGCAUGGGCCUGGGCCACAAGUUCAAGGAGGUGAAGAAGGCCUACGUGGAGGCCAACAAGCUCCUGGGAGAUCUCAUCAAAGUCACACCCUCCUCGAAGAUCGUGGGCGACCUGGCGCAGUUCAUGGUGCAGAACUCGCUGACGCGUGCCGAGGUGGAGGAGCGGGCCGACGAGCUCUCCUUCCCGCUUUCCGUGGUGGAGUUCCUGCAGGGUCACAUCGGCAUCCCACAUGGGGGCUUCCCCGAGCCCCUCAGGUCCAAGGUGUUGAAGACUCUUCCCCGCGUAGAGGGUCGCCCCGGUGCCUCCAUGCCUCCCAUGGACUUCCAGGCCUUGGAGACGCAGCUGCGUGAGACGCAUGGAGACGACAUCACUCCAGAGGACGUGAUGUCGGCAGCCAUGUACCCGAAGGUGUUCCAGGAGUUUAAGGAGUUCACCACUACCUUUGGGCCGGUCGACUGCCUGAAUACCCGCCUGUUCUUGGAUGGCCCAAAGAUUGCUGAAGAGUUUGAGGUGGAGCUUGAGCGAGGGAAGACGCUACACAUCAAAGCUCUGGCUCUGGGUGACCUGAGCAAGGCCGGUCAGAGAGAGGUCUUCUUUGAGCUUAACGGUCAGCUGAGAUCUGUCCUAGUCAAAGACACCGUAGCCAUGAAGGAGAUGCACUUUCACCCGAAGGCUCUCAAAGACGUGCGCGGCCAGGUGGGGGCACCCAUGCCAGGCAAGGUGGUGGAGGUGAAAGUGAAGCAGGGCCAGACGGUGGAGAAGGGCCAGCCGCUCUGCGUGCUCAGUGCCAUGAAGAUGGAGACGGUGGUCAACUCGCCGCUGUCCGGCACCGUGGCCAAAGUUUACGUUAACGUCGACAGCAGUCUGGAGGGUGACGACCUGAUUUUGGAGAUCGCCGAGUAGAGAGAAGAGAUGACCGGUGCGGGUGACCGGGAACGCCCCGGGAACUCCACGUGUUAAUGGAACAUGAAAGGCAGCAGCUCCUGUGUCGGCACUAUACACAUGUACAGAAAUACAACCACGCACACACACACACACACACACACGCACAAAAUACAUACACACAUGCAUCUACAUAUGUGCUAUGGUGCACACAUGUGAAAGGGAGAGCUAUUUUUGGAAAAUGUCUUAAAUGAACUGAAGAUAGUUGGUGCCUAAUGUAUCUGGAAAUUGGUGAUUGUGCAUUUUGUGUGUGUGUGUGUGUGUGUGUGACUUUGCUUUCAUUCAUUGCAAUCAUCUGUCAUUUGCAAUGAUAAUCACCAGGAUUAAUCUUCCAUGAACUGGAAACUACUACUACAUUAAUGCUGAAUGAGCCUUCUGAUAUUGUUGGUCAAUCUUGUAAGUAGAAAUAUAAAUGUCAUGUUAAAAUGAUUCAUAAUGAAAAAAGCAAUAAAUGAAUAGGGUGUAAUUACAUGUAGAUUUUUGCACAAGUAGAAUAUUAGAGUAUAACCUUGUUCAUUAACUUAGCAUUACUUCUGGGUUUUCCAUGGAAGCUUAAAGGAAGCAGGACAGGAGAGACGGCUCUUUAUCCGUGCGCCCAUGUAUUCCUCUUAUUUUCUCUCAUUUCAUAUCUCCUCUGUCUCCUUUUCAGUAGGGCUUUUAGGGUAAACCGUUUACAGCGCAUGUGUGGCUCCAGUCCUCACAGGUUAAUGCACUUCAGUCACUGACCAAAAAAAAAAAAACCCUCAAAAAACACAAAAGUUUGUGGUGCAUGAGAAGCGAUGCUGUCUCGCUGCAGCGGAGAGUUUGAGAUGCGGGCUUGUUAGUGCUGUCGUCCUGAAUGCGUUCGCCAUGGUCUUGGGCCGUGUCAGUGAGGCGGAGCUGGGUGAGGCAGGCUGCCACGUCACCAGGCUGAGCUCCACCGAUCACAGUGAGGACUGAUGAUUGGACGAGAUCAGGAGAGCCCGCGGCACCCCCGGGGACCUCAGAUCUCGUCAAAUCAGAUCCUGCGGACGUGGUGUCCGCCUCGUGCCCCGGUGUGUACCUAAUGCCGAUUCCAGUUUGUCCUGUAAUGGGAUUUUAUCACUCCACUCCUGUCGCACUCAUCCUGGAAUUGGACAAUCAUUUGGAGUUGCGGCUCGCUGAGCUGCAUAUAUCCUUUGCCUUUCUCUGCUCCUUCACUCUAGAGCCAGGACACUGGAGGUCUUCUGAUAUGCAGUGUUAGCUUCUGCAGCGGUGAAUCAAACAUAUGUGGUCCGUAUAAGAGCAGGCUAUUAAGAGCACUCGACACGGAGUGUUCCCCGCACUCGAAUGCCUUCCAAUCUGUAAUCCAUUAGGCGGCAUCCAGAGGGCCUCGGCUUUGGCUUUGAAGUGUCGUUAAUUUGGGAACUAACUGAUUUAACAAGUACUUUCAUCUUUUAACCUCUUAUCAUUUAUAUUUACAAACGGAGAUGCUUGAAACCGAGGUCUGGUAUAACCGUAGUAACUUGAGCCCAAAGCGCACACAGCACUUCCUUACACAUAGGACAUGAUGCUACUUUAGACCUGUUGAUGUUGGGAGCAGGUGCUGUCUGUAUCUCUCAUCACAAACGUAGUAGGUCACUGGAGUGGUUUGAGUGAAGAUUUUUCUAACAAUGUUGCAGCACUCAUUCCUCACUAGCUUGCAGUGUGGUGCUCUUGUCGCAAACCCUCCGAACCAUGUUUCUUUCAUUUUGUUGACAUGGUAACUGCGUUAAGCCUUGUUUACAUCUGGUGUUGAUAGCUAUGUUCCACAUACUUAAUCAUAACAUGCACAAGGGGAUUAGAGGCAUAUGAGAAAAGCUUCUUUUAUACUUUUUGUUCAGCAACUGUGAGUCGUGGAAGGAAGUCUCAAUAGCUCUAAAGGACCUUUCAAUGUUAUCACUUGUGGCUAUAGUCACAUCUGUUGGGUCUUAUGGUUUCAUUCACUCAUAUUUUAUUCAAGCUUUUAGGCUGAACAGGACCAGGCUUUGUAAAAGCAGGCAGCAGAAAUCCACCCGUGUCUUAAAUUGUUUCCUCUGUGGCGUAGGAAAUACUGUGGCUCCAGAUUCACGAACUGGAUGGAGCCGAAAUCUGUUUUGCUACAUCUGAGGCAACGGUUGCAUCGAAAAUUGGUGUCUUACUGAAGGAAAGUGUAACUAAUCUUACGAACUUGCUGGAAAUGAUGCAUUUCAUAGUGUUAUCUAUCCAGUGCAUUUUUUUUCCUGUGAAGUUUAUUCGCUUUCUGUAUGUUUUGAUAACCAGAAGCGCGAGACUUGCGCGAAUAUGAAUUCAUUGUGAACUGGUCUUUGAUCAUGUGGAGGAAAAUAAAAGAAGGAUGAAGCACUCCAUGCUCAGUACUUGUCA